AUUCGCACCGCCUUUAGUAACUCGGGCGACAUCUACUAACAGCACCGCGUACUAAUCAUCACGUGGUUGAAAAUGGCUGCUUCCAUACGACUUCAGCGUGCUGUGAAAUUAGGAAAUGUUCUUCUACGCAGGGAAGCUUAUGUUUUGCGCACAAAGGGACAUCGCACGUUUAUAUUACGAAGUCAACAUAAAGGGUUGUGGUCGUCCUUCCGGGCGCUGAGCGCGCAGGCUGCGCCGGAGUCCGAUCAUCACAACAUCAUCAAGAACACGGAGAAGGCCACCGGCGACGGUGACAAACAUGAGUUCCAAGCGGAGACACGAAUGCUGCUCGACAUUGUGGCAAAGUCCUUGUAUUCCGACAAAGAGGUGUUCGUGCGCGAGCUCAUCUCGAACGCGAGCGACGCCCUGGAGAAGCUGCGCUACGUGCGGCUGCAGGAGGGGGCGGAAGCGGAGGCCGGGGCGGCUGCGGGAGCGGGGGCUGGGGAGCGCCUGGACGCCAGCGCCCUGCAGCGCCCGCUCGAGGUGCACCUCGCCACUGACAAGCAGGCGCGCACUCUCACCAUUCAGGACACGGGCGUGGGCAUGACGCGCGAGGAGCUCGUCGCCAACCUCGGCACCAUUGCGCGCUCGGGCUCCAAGGCAUUUCUAGAGCAGUUGAAGGACAAUGAAGUCAACUCUGAUGUAUCAUCCAUUAUUGGUCAAUUUGGAGUUGGCUUCUACUCAAGCUUCAUGGUGGCGGAAAAAGUUGAAGUUUACACUCGUUCUAGCAGAGAAGGAUCAAAAGGCUACAAGUGGACGAAUGUCAUAAAGAAAUACAGUAACUUCGUGGGCAGCCCUAUCUUUCUGAAUGGGAAGCAACCUUUAUGGUUGAUGGAUCCUAAGGAUGUCACCCCUCAAAUGCAUGAUGAGUUUUACCGGUUUGUGGGGAAUACUUACGACAGGCCCCGCUUCACUCUCCAUUAUAAGACAGAUGCUCCGUUGACUAUCCGAUCUUUGUUGUACUUCCCUGAAGGCAAACCAGGCCUUUUUGAAAUGAGUCGAGAAACUGAUGUAGGUGUUGCUCUCUAUAGCCGUAAAGUUUUGAUCAAGAGUAAAGCUGAUAACGUUCUUCCCAAGUGGUUAAGAUUUGUGAAAGGUGUGGUUGACUCUGAAGACAUUCCUCUAAACUUGAGCCGCGAGCUCCUUCAAAACAGUGCUCUCAUUAGAAAGCUGCAAAAUGUAUUGACAAAUCGUAUCUUACGAUUCCUUCAUGAUAAGAGUGUGAAGGAAACUGAAGAAUAUGAUAAAUUUUAUAAAGAUUAUGGCCUUUUCCUGAAGGAAGGAAUCGUGUCUACCCAUGAACAGGUCCACAAGGAAGAAAUUGGGAAGUUAUUGCGGUUUGAAUCAUCUCUAAAGCCUUCAGGGGAGAAAGUAUCAUUACCGCAGUACUGCAGUCGUCUGAAACAAGGCCAAAGAGAUAUAUUUUACCUUGCAGCUCCUAGCCGACAAUUAGCAGAAUCAUCACCUUACUAUGAAGCUUUGAAGAAGAAAGAUGUUGAAGUACUUUUCUGUUACGAGCCAUACGAUGAGUUGGUAUUAAUGCAACUUCGCCAGUUCAAUCAGUUCUCACUGACUUCUGUUGAGAAGGAAAUGAGGCAAGACAAGGAAUCAGAUGAUCUCAGUAGUGACAGCCUCUCCCAGUCAGAAGUGGGGAGUCUGAUGCCAUGGGUGAAGCAAGUCCUGGCAGGCAAAGUGCACUCUGUGCGUGUUACAAAACGUUUGGAUGCUCACCCCUGUGUAGUGACAGUGGAGGAGAUGGCUGCUGCGAGGCACUUCAUUCGCACACAGUCCCACCAGAUGCCAGAGGAGAGCCGCUAUUCCCUGCUGCAGCCACAGUUGGAACUCAAUCCUCGCCAUCCUAUCAUCAAAAAACUCAAUUCUCUGAGAACAAGCAACCCCAAGUUGGCAGAAUUAGUUAUAAAGCAGAUUUUUGCUAAUAGUAUGGUUGCUGCCGGUCUCAUGGAAGAUCCACGCACACUUCUUACAAGCAUGAAUGAACUACUUACAAUUGCUUUAGAAAAGCAUUGAAUAUCGUUGAUGAACUGUUACUAAUAAUUUUAAAAAUAACAUAAUUUUCAUUCUGUAAUAUAAAUAUUGAAUUUUUUUGUUUUCAUACUUCAUUUCAGGAAUCACAUUAUUUUGAUUUCAUGAUCUUACCACAUUUGGAUUCUACAUGGAUGACUUUGUUGUGAGUGAAUAUGUGAAUUCCCUGAGGUUGCAAGUUUUUGAUUUUCGUCUCGAUAAUGGAGUUUAUAUGGUUAAAAGCAGUUUUUGAAUUUAUCUUGAAGUAUACAUCAGUAUGAUACAUGUGCCAUGCAUCCUUUAUUUUCGGAAAAUCUUUUCUCUUAAUUUUGUACUUUGUGUUUAAUUCUAAAAAGAGAUGAUAGUGUGUACUGUUUCAGGUGUUUAUUUUAAAAACAUUUGUAAAGUGGUAAAAAAAUUAUUGAAAACUUAAAUUGAAAUUAAAAUAAAAUUGUUAAUAUUUAUUUUAUUAUUUAGCUUUUUGACCUUCCAUUCUUCCAUUUCUUUAUAGUUGCGCAUUCCAAUCCUUUUAAUAAUUUCAUUUGUGUAUCACUAGACAA